CAUGUUCUUAGCCUUUCCUUUAGCCCUCAGUUUCAGGAACCACUCGCAAUCGUAGCGCGUGCUGUUAAACUGCUCUUCUUCGCCAGAUGAAAAAACCCAAAACCAGCUUUCCAGUUAAGCUCACAUCGUAUUCCUGAAUUAGAUCUCAUCCAGGGUUUCUCUUCUUAUCAAGCAAUGUGGAAGCACUAUAAAAAAUCCAAGGCAUGGAUUAGGCCACAAUUUCGAAUUCUUCUGGCUGUGGUCUCUUGUCUUACUUCACUGAUUCUGUUGUUAGUAUUUUUAUGUUCCAACAAUGCUCAGGAAUCGACCAAGUCACCAUUGGGACUUCAAAAUCAAAAAUGGAAUAGCUUUGAGUCAGUGGUGCAGUUUCAUCCUACCAUGGCUUUUCGAAAUGGUACAGAUGUAAUAUGGCAAGUGCCCAAUUCACCAAAAGCUGUUCUCUUUCUUGCUCAUGGAUGUGAUGGUCAAGCUCUUAACUUUUGGGACAAAUCUCCUGACUGUUCUAAUUGCAUUGGUUUGCCAGAAGAAAGGUUGAUUGUGCUUCAUGCUCUUUCUCGAAAAUUUGCUGUACUUACAAUGUCUAGUGCUGGGAGAUGCUGGUCAAUGGGGAAGGAGAUAAUGAUUGCUAAAGACAUUAUAAGAUGGUGGGUUGAGAAACAAGGAUUAGAGAAGCUUCCUCUUGUGGCCAUGGGAGCCUCAUCAGGGGGAUACUUUGUUUCUGUGCUUGCAACAGAGUUGGAUUUCUCUAGUAUUGCACUUAUGAUUGCUGAAGGUGUGUUUGAAAGAAUUGAAACCAAGGAGAACUAUCCACCCACCAUGUUUGUCCACAUGCCAAAAGAUAGUAUCAGGCAGCGAAAGAUUGAUAAAACCAUGGAGCUUAUAAGGCAUAAAGGUGCUGAAGUUGCAGAGGUCAAGUGCAUUGAGUUCGCAUUGUCACCACAGUUUUUGGCUGACAGAAUCCCAGGUAUUGAUCAUUCUGUUUCUGCUAAAUUGUUUGAACUCUUCAAGCUCAAAGGGUUUGUUGAUGAAAAUGGAUACAUGAGAAAUGAUGGACGUAAAACGCGUUGGAAGAAAGCAGUGAAAGAAGAUGAAAGUAUUUCGAUAGAUGAGCAUUUGUUGCAUCCCAUUCAGGAGGAACUGAAUCUUGCUUUUGCAUUCCAUGAAAUGACUAGUUUGGCUUUUGAACAAAUCCUUGAUUGGUUUGAGUCACAUUUUAGCUGAUUGAUUCUAUGUGUCAUUCUCAAAUAGGGAUAAUAUACAUUGUUUCAGGAACCAGAGUGUAAAAUCUAACCAAGAUUUAAGUAUAUAAGGUUUUGUUUUAGUGUAAAAGCUGAUGGUCAUUUCAUUAAAAUUUGUAUUCAACUGAAGAAAUUAAAGUGUAAAUAUAGUCACUUGUAAUGGAAGGAA